UAUGAGCACGGCAGAGCUGAUAAAGUUAAAUAUAAAAUUUGUAUAAAGAACUGCGGAAAUUCGAAAUCUAAUAUUAGUAUCUUGGACAUAGUUUAUCGACAAUCAUGUGCUCUACUUUUUCUCUGAAACCCUUAAUAAUCAGUUCGUAUCGUCUUUUGGGAAUAAUAUUAUGCUUGCCAAUAUUAGCGAUAAAUUUUACGGAAUCCAACGAAAUAGACAGUGCAAAAAUUUGCACAACACCAGGAUGUUUCAGUGCAGCAAACUUGAUCAAAGGCAACAUAGACCAAACUAACUUACCCUGUCAUGAUUUUUACAAGUUCGCAUGUGGUGGCUUUAUAAACAAUAGCGUUAUUCCUACGAACAGGCAAAGUGUCGAUCACCUAGAUAGUGUGAAAGAAAAAGUUUUGACAGAGAUCAGACAACUCGUGAAUAAGAAAUUCAAACCGAAGGAACCGAGAAUUUUCAAAUUGGUGAAAAAUUAUUUCAGGGCCUGUAAAAGGGAAACUACGAAAGCGAAAAAUAAUAGCUUAAAGGCUCUGCUGGGUUACAUUGACCAACUUGGAGGAUGGCCAGUAAUUGCAGGCGAUAGCUGGGACGCCGGAAAAUUCGACGUAUUUAAAACUGAUUACAAGCUUCGAGAAAUCGGCUACAGACCAAAAAGUAUUUUAAACUUAUACGUCUUCAACGAUCUCUUCAAUACCAGCAGAAACUUUCUAUACGUUGGUCCACCUGAAGCGGAAAUCAAGUCCGAAAUUUUGAAACGCGGUUUCAUGAACGAAGUUGUUCAGGCUUACUACAACUACAUGGUUGACGUUGCCGUGAUACUCGGCGCUGACAGAGUUCGUGCGACGCGAGAUCUGAGAAAGGCUCUCGAUCUUGAGAGAGACAUCACCUUUGCUUCGUCCUUUCCUUCGAUCACAUCAGCCAUAAACCUUCGCCGGCUCGAGGAUCUCGAAAAAGAUGCGGCUUUCGUGCCUUGGCUCGAGUACAUCAACGCAAUAACGUCACCCGUCGUUAGCUUCGAGAUUUUCGAGGCCGUCAACGUACCCGACUUGGGCUACCUGAAAUCUCUCGAUUACUUUCUGAGGAAAACGCCAAAAAAGGUCAUGGCAAACUACAUGAUUUGGAAGAUGAUUGCCGAAUCGGCCAUUUAUCUGACCGAUGAAAUUCGAGACAGAGCCUUCGAGUAUCAGCGAAUGAAAUCUCAGACUGCCGUACCUAAGCCAAGAAAACCUAGGUGGCAGGAAUGCAUCGAAUUGUUGACGGACAGAGGCCGUGGGUUGAUGCUGGGAGUGAGUUCCAUGUACGUUCGGAAGCACUUCUCAGAGGAUACGAAGGAAGACGUGAAAGAAAUCGUGACUAACGUCGUUGACGGAUUCAAAGAUAUCCUCGAAAACGUCACCUGGAUGGACGCGGCGACGAAAAUAGCCGCUUCGCGAAAAAACGAAUUCAUGAAGCAGAUCAUAGCCUACCCCAACGAGCUGUUGAACAACAAGACUUUGGCCCGCUACGUGAAGAAUCUAGAUAUAUGGCCGAACAAUCAUUUCCAAAACUACUUGAACCUGCAACGCUUUCACUUCAACUUCGAGUUGACCGGUAUCGGUACCCUCUCGAACAACAGCCUCUGGACCGUAUUCGCGGACUCGACUGUGGUGAACGCUUAUUACUACGCCGCUGACAAUACGAUCGUUUUACUGGCCGCGUUGCUGCAGCCCCCACUGUUCGACGUGAGCUGGCCGAGCUUCGCCAAGUACGGAAGCAUAGGCUUCAUGAUAGCCCACGAGAUAAUGCACGCGUACGACGCGAGGAGGUACAUAUACGACGAGACGGGCAGCUUGAACCCGUGGAUGGAGAAAAAGAGCAGGGAGGAGUUCAAAAACCGGAUCCGGUGUUUCGAGGAUCAGUACAGCAACUUAACGGACAGCGAUUCCGGCAUACACGUGGACGGACGUCUCACGGUGAAUGAAAACCUGGCGGACAACGCCGGAGCUUUGAUAGCGUAUCACGCGUACGAAAAGUGGGCGAAGAGUCACGGCGAAGAAGCGGGUCUACCCGGUCUGGAUUACAACGCGACCCAGCUGUUCUGGAUCAGCGCGAUGAGCUUCCUCUGCAGCAAGGACACGCCGCAACACUUGCAGGACAGUCUCAAGAGCAGCGAACACACGCCCGACAAAUUUCGGGCUAUGGGUAUCGCCCUCAACUCGCUGGAUUUCUCCAAAGCUUUCGAUUGCCCCGCUGGUUCGCCCAUGAACCCGCUCAAGAAGUGCAAGCUUUGGCAAUGAUAUCGCGAUUGUAUACAGAGUAUCUUUUUUUUAUAUUUUGUACUUGUUAUUUAUGAAUAAUAAAGGAAUACGUAAAAGUAAAUUAA